UCGUAUUGAAUGUGUUAAUCUGCUAUAAUGUUCAAUGACUGCAUUUUAUUAUCACAUGUUCAGAGGUUAUCCUUGUUUAUACAAGAGGUCAUUAAAAUAUUAAAUGUUGAUGAUGUUCAACAGAGUAAAUGGUUUUGGUAUACAGAUGUGUAUGAGGAGAAAAACAAUCACAAUGACCAACAGCUGCAGAGCCAGCCUUGUGCUGGUUUUGACUUUGACCUUCCAUCUGGUCCCCACGGCAACAACCACAUCAGUUAACCCCAGUCUGGUUACUAAGGUCAUGAACUCUGACUCUACUAAAAAUAGUAUAACAGUUGUUGAUAGCAACCAUCUCCCUGGCAACGAGCUCAAACCAGGCAGCAACAAUUCUUGUACAUCAGAUGGUGGCCAAGGCCAUGAAGGUCAAGGUCACGGUGAUAAAGGUCACGAUAGUCAUCCUGCCAAGAUACAUUUGGUGGAUUUGAAUUUCUCGCAUGUAAAAGGGCCACUGCUAGUUGGAUUAGUGAUCAUUAUUGCUGGAUUGAGUAAAAUAGGUUUUCAUCAUGCAGACAUUCUGUCCUCAAAAGUCCCAGAGUCCUGCAUUCUCAUUAUAUUGGGUGUCGCGUUUGGAACCAUUGUGUAUUUUGCAGACUACGACACUGAUUUUUUUGAGCCAGAUACAUUCUUCCUCUAUUUGUUACCUCCGAUUAUUUUAGAGGCAGCCUUCAGCCUUCAUAAUCGAACGUUCGUUGACAAUCUCGGCAGCAUAAUCAUGUUUUCGGUAGUGGGAACGGUGGUAGCGUGUUUUGCCAUCGGUCUGACCCUGUGGGGGCUGGCCCAAGCUGGGGCCAUGGCAGACCCGGGGGCCAACCUCGUCCAGAUCCUGGUAUUCAGCUCCCUCAUUGUGGCUGUUGACCCCGUUGCGGUGUUGGCGAUAUUCCAGGAGGUGGGUGUGAACAACAUGCUGUACUUUAUGGUGUUUGGAGAGUCGUUACUCAACGAUGGGGUGACAGUGGUCUUGUACAAAGUGAUGCAGACAUACAACAGGAUGGACACCAUUGAGGCAGACCAGAUACUGCUGGGUAUAGUAAAGUUCUUUGUUGUCGUGUUUGGCGGCCUUCUAGUUGGUGUUGUCUCUGGGCUGUUGUCGUCAUUCAUCACCAAGUACACGAGCUCGGUCAAGGUUGUUGAGCCGAUUAUCAUAUUUGGAUUUGCAUACGAGUCAUACAUACUGGCGGAAAUGUUCCAUUUCUCUGGCAUUGUUAGCAUCAUUGGAUGCGGGCUGAUGCAGAUGCAAUACGCUCUACAUAACAUUACAAACAAGUCCCAACUAUGUGUCAAGUUCUUUGCUAAAGUUAUCAGUAACACGUCGGAGAUCAUCAUUUUCCUGUUCCUGGGCCUCAAGACAGUCAACAAACGCCAUGAGUGGAACACUGGCUUUGUUCUUUGGUCACUCCUGCUGUGUAUCGUGUACAGGUUCAUAAUUGUCUUCGUCAUAUCUUUCCUGAUCAACCGCUGUGAUAAAUACAGAGUGAGAAAGAUCAAACUGGAUGAGAUGUUUAUGAUUAGUUAUGGAGGCCUGCGUGGUGCCGUCUGCUUCUCAUUGGUCGCACUGCUUGACAACAAGGAGUUCCCCAUGAAGGAAAUGUUUGUCACGGCAACGCUCUUCAUCAUAUUCUUCACGGUGUUCAUUCAGGGUGGCACCAUCAAGUUUCUGGUGAAGUUAAUGCGCGUCUCCCUUGACAACAGCACCAAGGACAUGAUGAUGUACCAGGAACUCAACGAACAUGUGAAUGACCAUUUGAUGGCUGGCAUAGAAGAAAUCAUCGGUGUGUCUGGGAAGAACUAUAUACGGGAAAAGUUUGAUUCCUUGGAUGAGAAGUAUUUCCGCGCCGUCCUUUUGAAAGAUGCCAAGAAAACAGACUUUGAUGAAAUGAACAAGUACUAUCUGAAACUCAUGAUGAGGGAGCACUACAAGACACUGCAGUUAUGCGGAGUGUCCAACCUGCCACGAACAGACUCCGGAUUGAGCACUGUCACAAGUUCUGCUUGCCUUAAGGCCAUGGAUGACGACGAUGAAGAGAAGGCCCUGCUGAGGGAUGAGGAGUUAGUGGAGCGUCGUCGUAAGCGUCUGAUAUCCCAGAAUUCCAUGCCAGAGUCCCAGGAUUCCGACAGACGGGACCUGAAGAUGAUGUUGAGGGUGGCGCUCAAUGUCUCACAGAAUUUUGAGAAUGUGAGUAUCUUCUCUUCUUCUGUUAGCAUGUAACCACUAGACUUAAAUAGGCAUGUACUAUACUUUAUUGCUUGCGAUUGUUUUUGGAGCUAAUAAGAUAAAGAUCAAUAUCACUGAUUCUAGAACUAGAAAAUAUAGUUUUUAGUUGUGAGCAUUAGCUCAUAACUAAUGUAGAGAGGCAGUUUUGCAAGUCAGUCUGUUAGAUACGCUAGGAACGAUAACUGCAAGUCAGUCUAAUGUUAGUUACGCUAGGAAAGAUAACCACUGCCUGUCUGCACUACAUGCAGUACAAUUAUGCAGGCGACAAAUGCUUGGAGCUUCUGCUCUAACCACCGCAUCUGCCUGUUUAUAGUUCACCACUAGUACACUGCAUUAUGUGUAUGUAAUUUAUAGUGUUUAACAGCUUGUAAGAUGACAUUGGCCAGUCUAGUGUUUAUCAUUGAAAUCUGUACAUAUUGGCUGCUUUCAGGGAAAACGGUGCUUAACGCAAUUUAAUUAAGAUUAGCCUGUGAACACUGAUUAGCCUGUGCAAUGUGCACAAGCUAAUCAAGGACGACGUUUUCUGAUUUAAAGUUUUUUUUUUGUUAAAACAAUUAAUGCAUAUGCAUUAAGCCCAGUUUUCCCAAAAUGAAGCUUAAAUUAUCUUUUUUAUUAAUGAUUUGGAAAAAAACACACACAUCUCGACCUGUGCUUUAAGACACGCUCUUUAUAAAUUUGAAUGGGUUGUGUUCAUGUCAAACAUGAGAUAUAAAAAGCUAUAACUUAAUUUUGAAAACUGAGUUGCGUCGGAGUUUAUACUUGAGUGUCUUCAGCGAUUUAAUUGUUCAAUGACAUGUCUUUGGAUUUAAUUAUUAUGCCCAUUCAUUUUGUUAAGGGAGCAUAUUGUUUAGCUUAACUUGAGAGAAUUCUUAAUACUUAUCUGUAUCUAAUUAACAUUUUAAACUUUGAAGAUUUAUUUUUAUGCCCCCGAAGGAGGGCAUAUAGUGAUCAAACUGUCCGUCCGUCUGUCUGUCUUUCCGUCACACUUCACAUUUAGGUUUUGAAAAAGGCUCAUAACUUCUAUGUCGCGUCAGAUAGCAACUUGAUGUUUGGCAUGCAUGUGUAUCUUAUGGAGCUGCACAUUUUGAGUGAUGAAAGGUCAAGGUCAUCCUUCAAGGUCAAAGGUCAAAUAUAUGGCUUCAAAGCGGGGCAGAAGGGGACAUUGUGUUUCUGACAAACACAUCUCUUGUUACCACAUAGCAAUGUUUCUUUUAUACAUUAUUUUCUUUGCCCUCAUUUCUACAUCAAAUGUAAGCAGUGUAAUCAGAUUAACCAUAACCCAAACCAUUAAAUGGGUUAAUUUUCAGUCCACACAGGCUUAUCAGGCAUGACAGUUUCUGUCUAAACUUGAUUUUUUAACCAAGAAGAUACCUUGAAAUGAAAAAUACCUUGACAGUGGAAAUUGUCGUCCCUACUUAGCCGGUGUGGACCGUUUAGACUAAUCUGGGACCACACUUUACGCACAUGUAUUUAAGCCCUAUUUUCCCAGAUUGUGGUUAAUGUUAUUUGAAGUUUUAUUGUCUAAUCUUUCUUGUUUUGUUUUCAUUAUUAUAGCAGCAGGUAGGCACUGUUUAUCCUUGUUACUCUCCUGAACUACUCUCAUUACUUACUGAUAACCUGUAAUAAAAAUUUGUCCUUACACAUUUACUUUAUUCUGUUUGUGAUGCUUAUGCUACUUGUUUAUCAAAAAAUAAAAUAAAAUCAGUUUUCGGUACUUGUUUUCGCAAAUUAAAAGAUUUUUUCCCAAGUUUUCCUUUUGGGAUUUGGAAAACAUGAAGUGUAAUAAUUGGUAGGUCAUUUUCCUUCCCUUAAGUGGUUCUUGAAUCACACCCGUGAUUGCAGUGGUUCAUUAGGUAUCUUUUUGUUUUUGGUGUUUAGUCCUAUUAUGCUCACCCAUACAUGGAUUCAAACAGUUUCAUAUUUAAAGGCACAUAAAUACUCAAAAUAAAAAAAUAUUUUGAGAAAAAAACUUAACCCAUAAAAAUAAAGUGUUCGCUCGUAAAUAUUUGUCUCAGGGGAAAUUCACGAGGAGUAUAUUGUAACACAAACAAUAAAAACAAGCAUUUUGUAUCUCUUUAAAUCUAUGUUACCAUACCACAUCUAGCGUUGAAAGUUUGGCUAUAAUAUUGCUGUAAGGCACACUAAUUUUUUUAAGGGUGAACUGAUUCAGAUCUUAAGUGAUAUUAUGGGCAUUUUUCACUGUUGAAUUGAGCUGAACAGAAUUAACAGGUCAAACGGAUUAGUUCAAAUGUGGUAACUGACCAGUUAUCUACAACUCAUCUUGCUACCAGUUGUUUAUAAAAAUAUAUAUUAUUUUCGAUAUGAUACAUGACUCACCCAGUCCUCUAAGCCGAAAUGAUAAGUAAAACGAAAUUGUGUUUUUGUGUCGUAUGAAAGAAUCUGCAUGAAAACUAUAUUUAGACUCACAUCGUACAUCGAAUCAUUUCUGUCGUCAGUUGUCAAAACGAAAGUACGGUUGAUAUUCAGAUGGAUUAUUUGUCUCUUUCUGGGAUAUUGUUUUAGUAUGUUGAUGCUGCAUUAACAAAUAUAAAUGUAUAUGAAGUGAAAACACCAAAAAUAUUAAACAAUGGUUGCGAUAGACACCUAUAUACUGUUAGAUGCCCAUAAUACAACUUUAAAUCUUGACAUGAGAAAAAGUUUUCUUUGACUUUCUGUACUGCUGCAUAACAUAAAUGUUGCCAUGAAGUUGUUGUUUUUAUACUCAUCCUGCUUCCUAUAUUUGUACAGUCAAAACUGAGAACAGUGGUCAGUCAAGGGAAAUGGUCAAAGUGACCGUUGUCAACAAGUGACUGCUGUUCUCGGAUCACCACUUUUUAGAUGGUUGGUCAGCCGGUAGCUGUAUUGCUACAUCCUUACUCCACCCAGUUGUUCGCACACAGUGUAAAACAAAGACUCAUUGCCAAUAACUAAGCAUAAAAACAUAGAUAUCUUCUAUUGAAUAAUACAGAAACAUAUCUUAUAAAUUUAUUUCUUACCUAUUUAAAAACUUAAUUUAUGGUUUUUUAACGAUAAUAUUUUUGUUUACUCAUGCAUCUCAUUCAUUCAGUAUAUCCGACAGUUCUUAUUACAUUCAUAGGGAGAUAUUUUUCAAUAAAGAUUGUAAUGAGUCAUUGAAGUCAUGUCUGAUCAAGUAUAUAAAGAGGAUUCACUGUCAUAAACUGAAAGUACGGUAUAACUGUAUGGCUUCAAUCGAGGAAAAAGACACCAAAAUCUUGUAUAAAUUUACUAAUCCUUUAAUGGCCGCCAUAUAACAAGACUUGCCAGAUAAGUGUUGUUUUUAAUACUUUUAAAGAUCAAUUGACUUUGUCACGCGCUCAUGUUUUAAUGUCAUAAAUACUGACCUGUUAUCUCAUGCUUCUCCUUUCCAAGGGUAAUU